GUGCGCGCGUGCAGCCUAGUGUCUGUUUCGGAAAGCGCCCUGGGGAGGUCCUGUCCCUAGGGGGCGGAGCGCAGGGGACCGAGGCUCCGGCUCGGUGCCCGGGCAGAGUCCUGCGGAUCCCGAUCGCUGCCGAGGCGGCCGCGGGACGGGGCCGCCUGGCUGAAAGGCGGACGCCGUGAAGGGAGGCCAGGGUGCCCUCGGCCCGGGGACGGCCCCUGCUCCGAGGUGUCGGCCUCCGCGGCGCAGCCCGUUUCUGUUCAAGUUCGCGGACCCGCGAGGGAGAGGUUCGGACGCGGGGAGCCGGCGCGCCGCGUAGCCCGCCCGCCCCUUCGGCCCGAGGUGCGCGGCGGGGAGAGCGAGGUCCCAGCCUCUGUGCUACCGGCAGGCGUCGACUGUGUCGGGAUCGCGCCCACCCCUCUGCUGCCCGGGCCGGAGCCCGAGAAGCGCGCACCAUGAGCGGCGGCGAAGUGGUCUGCUCGGGAUGGCUCCGCAAGUCCCCCCCGGAGAAAAAGUUGAAGCGUUAUGCAUGGAAGAGGAGAUGGUUUGUGCUACGCAGUGGCCGUUUAACUGGCGAUCCAGAUGUCUUGGAAUAUUACAAAAAUGAUCAUGCCAAGAAGCCUAUCCGUAUUAUUGAUUUAAAUUUAUGUCAGCAAGUUGAUGCUGGAUUGACAUUUAACAAAAAGGAGUUUGAAAACAGCUACAUUUUUGAUAUCAACACCAUUGACCGAAUUUUCUACUUGGUAGCAGACAGUGAGGAAGAGAUGAAUAAGUGGGUUCGUUGUAUUUGUGACAUCUGUGGGUUUAAUCCUACAGAAGAAGGAGCCACAAAACUGAAGACCAUUGAAGGCAAGGUUAACUGUGGCUUGUUUAGAGCCUCUGGAAGAAAGGGCCCUACUCUUCAGACCUGGUUGACAAGAACCAAUUUUUUCCUGUAUAAAUGUUGCCAUGUAGAUCCUGUGAAGCCCCCUGCCAGCUCCUUACAAGCACCAGCAGAUUUACCUUUAGCGAUAAAUACAGCACCACCAUCCACCCAGUUGGAGUCAUCCUCUGCUGCCCCACCUCCUCCAUACCAGCUAAUUAACCUUCCGCCACAUCUGGAAACUCUUGGCAUACAGGAGGAUCCUCAAGACUACCUCUUGCUAAUCAACUGUCAAAGCAAGAAGCCUGAACCCACCAGCCAAGGGUCAUCUUUUGUUUCUGAAGAAGGAGAGGAAUACCUACUACUAGAAGAUUUUGAAAGCAAAACGAUUCCAUUGCAAGCACAUGCGGAUUCCGCGAAGUCCACCUCCUCUGACACAGACUGCAAUGAUAACGUCCCUUCUCAUAAAAAUCCUGCUUCCGCCCAGAGCAAACACGGAGUGAAUGGCUUCUUCCAGCAGCAAAUGAUGUACGACUCUCCGCCGUCUCGUGCUGCGUCUGUUUCCGUCGACUCCAGCCUUUAUAAUCUGCCCAGGAGUUAUUCCCACGAUGUUUUACCAAAGGCGUCUCCAUCAAGCACCGAAGCAGAUGGAGAACUUUACGUGUUUAAUACCCCGUCUGGGACAGCGAGCGUAGAGACUCAGAUGAGGCAUGUAUCUAUUAGUUACGACAUUCCUCCAGCACCUGGUAAUACUUACCAGAUUCCACGAACAUUUCCAGAAGGAACCUUGGGACAGACGUCAAAGCUAGACACUAUUCCAGAUAUUCCUCCACCGCGGCCGCCGAAACCACACCCGGUUCACGACCGAUCUCCGGUGGAAACGUGUAGCAUCCCACGCACGGCCUCAGACGCUGACAGUAGUUACUGUAUCCCGACCGCAGGAAUGCCGCCGUCGCGCAGCAAUACCAUUUCCACUGUGGAUUUAAACAAACUGCGGAAAGAUGCUAGUUCUCAAGACUGCUAUGAUAUUCCACGAACAUUUCCAAGUGAUAGAUCUAGUUCACUCGAAGGCUUCCAUAACCACUUUAAAUUCAAAAAUGUAUUGACAGUAGGAAGUGUAUCAAGUGAAGAACUGGAUGAAAAUUACGUCCCGAUGAAUCCCAACUCUCCGCCUCGAAAACAUUCCAGCAGUUUCACAGAACCAAUUCAGGAAGCCAAUUAUGUGCCAAUGACUCCAGGGACAUUUGAUUUCUCUUCAUUUGGGAUGCAAGUUCCUCCUCCUGCUCACAUGGGCUUCAGGUCCAGCCCAAAGACCCCUCCCAGAAGGCCAGUUCCUGUUGCAGACUGUGAACCACCCCCCGUGGAUAGGAACCUCAAGCCGGACAGAAAAGGUAAGGAGAGCAUGGCAGAGGAAGAGGGGCGGGGUCUCCAGUUUAGAUCUGCACCUCACUCUUGUGAAACCCAAAACAGAAUUGGGACUGUUUUGGAUUCUGAACAAAAGAGCAGUGGCUCAGGAAGCAGUGUAGCAGAUGAGAGAGUGGAUUAUGUUGUGGUUGACCAGCAGAAGACCCUAGCUCUAAAGAGCACCCGAGAAGCCUGGACAGAUGGGAGACAGUCCACGGAAUCCGAAACACCAACCAAGAGUAAUCUUUUUGGCAGUAACAGUCUUGAUGGAGGAAGCAGCCCUAUGAUCAAGCCCAAAGGAGACAAACAAGUGGAAUACCUCGAUCUAGAUUUAGAUUCUGGGAAGUCCACACCACCACGUAAGCCUAUAAAUUCGGAGGAAUUAUCUUCUUUGUAUCGAGGGCGAGCACAGUCCUCCAAGUUUGACCAAGCGGCGCAAAACCUGGGCAAGUUUUCAGCGAGCGACGCCGACCCGGGCCACGCCAAGAAAACAUCGAGGCCGCAGACACUGAGCCAUUACGAAUGCGCGUAG